AUGAAGUUCACUGUCGAAACAGACCACAAGCCCCUUGUACCCCUGUUUACUUCCAAGAUGAUCGAUGAGCUGCCGGUACGCAUACAGCGUUUCAGAAUGAGGCUUAUGAGGUACGAUUUUGAUACUCGGCACGUCCUUUCGGCAUCCGACAAGAGACUAGAGGAAAUACGGUCAGAGCUGAAGAGAGACGACGCAUUCAAAGCCGUGAUGCAUUACGUACAGAAUGGGUGGCCAGAAACCAAACAGAAGCUCUAUGGGCCCGUGAAGAAAUACUGCGGUGAAAGAGGAAGCUUACCCACCCACGAAGGCCUAUUGAUGAGGGAACGAAGACUUGUAAUUCCGUCAUGUCUCAGGCCAGAUAUCUUACGGUACCUACAUGAUGGUCACCAAGGCAUAUCCAAGACACGGGACAAUGCAGCAUCGUCCGUUUGGUGGCCCGGAAUCUCCAAACAAAUUGAAGAGAUGGUUCGCAAUUGUGCCACCUGCAAAAAACAUCGGAAGGAACGUAUAGAACCGAUGAAGGGAACAGAUUUCCCAGAGCGACCGUGGUCCAAACUCGGAGCAGACUUCUUCCAACAUGAAGGCCGACACUACCUGCACAUAAUCGACUACUAUUCGCGCGUUAUCGAAAUAUACUAG